AUGCUCGGUGGCUUCCGCCAGGUCAUCCAGAAUGACGGCGCCAGUGCGCUGCUGAUAGGCUUCGGUUCUACCGCCGCCGGCUACUUCCUCCAGGGCGCUUUCAAGUUCGGAGGAUACGAUUUCUUCAAGCAGCAAUCUAACAACGCUGUUGGCUACGAGAAGGCGAAGAACAAUCGUACUGCGGUCUACCUCGCCUCCGCCGGUGCUGCCGAAUUCUUCGUGGAUAUUGCACUCUGCCCUCUGGAGGCCACUCGUAUUUGUUUGGUCUCUCAACCUACUUCCGCCAACGGUCUAAUCCCUGCGAUGGGUCAUAUUAUGAAGGAGGAGGGCAUUGGCGCGUUCUACUCCGGCUUCGGGCCUAUCCUUUUUAAGCAGGCCCCCUACACUAUGGCCAAGUUCGUUGUCUUCGAGAAGGUCUCCGAGACUAUCCUUACCAAGGUCAACAAGGAGACUCUCUCCGAUGGUGCCAAGACCGGAAUCAACCUUGGAUCCGGUCUGAUUGCCGGCCUUGCUGCCGCUAUCAUUUCCCAGCCCACUGAUACAAUGUUGUCUAAAAUCAAUAAGACCCAGGGCGCACCAGGUGAAGGCACAAUCAGCCGCCUCAUCAAAAUCGGAAAGGAGCUCGGCAUUCGCGGCUCUUACGAUGGUAUCCGAGCCCGUCUUUUCAUGGUCGGUUUCAUUACUGCUGGACAAUUUGCUAUCCACAGUGAUAUCAAGCGUGUCCUUGGAGCCACUGGAGGUGUUGAAAUUUCUAAAUAG